ACUCUAUACUUUAGGUUCUUUUUUCUCUCCCUGCCCUUUACGUUUUCUUUUAUUUCUCUCUAUUCUCAAAUCUUUCCACGCAGAGAGAGAAAGAAGCAGAGAGAGUAUGACAAUGGCGGUGCCUCAGAAAUGGGUUUGUGUGUUUUCUGCUGUGAUUGUAUUGUUGUUCGUUGGUGUAGUGGCUACUUCAAGACACGAUGUUGUUGGGAUCUCUGCUCUUACCAGGAAUGUAGAAGCAGAGAAGGAACAGAGCUCAAGCAACUCAACUAUGGCGGCCAGGUCUCAAGAAGAGGCUGAUGCAUUUAACGAGAAAGCAGUUGCUGCUGAUCCUGAUGAGGUGGUUUCAAUGGUUGAGAUGAACAUCCGCAACAGUACUGAAAGGAGGAGGUUAGGCUACUUCUCUUGUGGAACAGGCAAUCCUAUUGAUGAUUGCUGGCGUUGUGACCCCAACUGGCACAAGAACCGCAAGCGCCUUGCUGACUGUGGCAUUGGUUUUGGCAGAAACGCCAUUGGUGGCCGUGAUGGUCGCUUCUAUGUUGUUACUGAUUCUAGUGACCAUGACCCUGUAAACCCAAGGCCUGGAACUUUGCGCCAUGCCGUGAUCCAGGACGCUCCUCUAUGGAUCGUGUUCAAAAGGGACAUGGUGAUUCAAUUGAAGCAGGAACUUAUCAUGAACAGCUUUAAGACCAUAGAUGGCCGUGGGGUCAAUGUUCACAUUGCUAAUGGUGGGUGCAUCACUAUCCAAUUUGUUACCAAUGUGAUCAUUCAUGGUCUCCAUAUUCAUGACUGCAAGCCCACUGGCAAUGCUAUGGUGCGUAGCUCGCCAUCUCAUUACGGAUGGAGGACAAUGGCUGAUGGUGAUGCCAUCUCUAUUUUUGGAUCAAGUCAUAUUUGGGUCGAUCACAAUUCCCUUUCUAACUGCGCUGAUGGCCUGGUUGAUGCUGUUAUGGGUUCUACUGCCAUCACCGUCUCCAACAAUCACUUCACCCACCAUAAUGAGGUAAUGCUCCUGGGCCACAGUGACUCGUAUACCAGAGACAAGCAAAUGCAAGUAACCAUUGCGUACAACCAUUUUGGAGAAGGACUGAUCCAGAGAAUGCCAAGGUGUAGACAUGGGUACUUCCAUGUGGUAAACAAUGACUACACUCACUGGGAAAUGUAUGCCAUCGGUGGCAGUGCAGAACCCACCAUCAACAGCCAGGGCAACAGAUAUAAUGCUCCAGCCAAUCCUUUUGCAAAGGAGGUGACAAAGAGGGUGGAUACAGCUCCAGGCAAAUGGAAAAACUGGAAUUGGAGGUCAGAAGGAGACCUGUUGGCGAAUGGAGCUUACUUCACUCCAUCCGGGGCUGGAGCUUCAGCUAGCUAUGCUCGCGCUUCAAGCUUGGGUGCCAAGUCUUCUUCCAUGGUCGGAGCAAUGACGGCUAAUUCCGGUGUUCUUGGCUGCCGCAGGGGCCAUCAGUGCUAGUCUUUUCAGUCAAAUUUAAGUGGUCAAAAAGAGGCCACUUGGUUUUCUCUCUCUUUUUUUUCCUUCAAUUUUUUCUUACAACUUUAUAGUCCUGCUACUUCUGCCUGUUACUUGUGUCUCAGCCAUUGUUUCUGUCAUAUCUAUCUGCAUUCAUCACAUAUAUUGGCAAGUGUACAAUUUUUACACAUGUCAUACAUAAACCAUCUUCAUUCCAGUUUGUCUCUGUUAUUUCUCAACCUCGGCCUGCUUCAGAUGAAAACCAAUACCUCAUACCAUUAUCCAGAAGAGCAGGCGCAGAAGCGUUGUUCAUUUUAUUUCUUUCACCUCUUUCCUUCCAUUUCUUUUGCUCCUCCAUUUCUUUUGCCCUUUCCAGUUUCACAUCUCCUUUACUUCUAGCUACCAGUCAUGCAUCUAUAUCUACAGUGUCAGUCUUGGUCGAUCUCCACAUAAUGUCUAGGCUUUUGAGUCUAUAGGAUUUGAAUGAUUUGUGAUUUUUCUUUCUUUCUUUUUUUUUUCUUUCUUUUUAAUUUUGUCUGUCUAGUGAUACAAGCAAGCAGUACCAUGGAUUUCAAAUCUGAGUCGAUGGAAAAACUUUGUUACAGAGUGCAAAGAAAUAGCAAUGAAGUUCUUUACCUCUUACCUUUUUUCUGCCUUUUCUUAGGCAAUGGAAGCUUUGCGUAUCUUUA